AUGGCUCACAGUAGUUCUUCUCACCAUCUCCACCAUGUCGGCAAUUGGAUGCCAGCAGACCACAAAGCCCACAAAGAAUGGCUAGGCGGUAUAAUCCAAGAAGUCGACGACAACGCACCCCUGCACCCCGUCCUCCAGGAGUUCCAAACCCUAAUUGAAACAAACACCCGCAUCUACAUGCUCCUCACAUCAAUGUUCAAAGAGGUCCCCCGUCGAAAACGUUACGGCCACGACCCAACCGGAAACCCCGAAAUCAGAGACUACCCCCACUUCCUCCAGGUCCUCAAUCACCUCCUCACCACCGCCCCCUCAUGGACUGAUAAAUCCCACCGCGUCGGCUUGGUCGGUUUACCCAUUAACGCGGUCCUCGAUUGGCCAAUGGGCACACCGAGCGGGUAUGCGGCAUUCCUUGAUCCGGACAUCAACCGCAUGAUUAAGAAGAUUUUGAACGUCUGGGGUGACUUCCUGCGCUCGCCUGCGUCGGCUUAUGUGCUUGGAUCUUCGGAACAUGGAUGGUUCGGUGAGAUGGGGAGGCGUGAUCUCACGGCCGUUGCGCGCAUCGGCCCCGUCGCUGCUACUAAUAUGCAGUUUGGGGACAUGUUCGAGUGUGAUCCCGACGCGGAGAACCAUGGGUUCACUUCUUGGGAUCAUUUCUUUACUCGUGUUUUCAGGGAAGGCAUCCGGCCUGUUGCUGACCCCGAGGAUGGGAAGGUCAUUGCCAAUGCGUGUGAGUCGAGACCGUUCCGACUGGUUCAUCAUGUGAAUGCUCGCGAUAAGUUCUGGAUAAAGAGUCAGCCUUAUUCUGUUCUUGAUAUGCUAGGUCACGACUCUCUCGCGUCGCAGUUUGUUGGCGGGACUAUCUAUCAGGCGUUUUUGAGUGCAUUGUCCUAUCACCGCUGGCAUGCGCCUGUGAGCGGUAAGAUUGUCAAGGCCUAUGUUGUUGAUGGAACAUAUUAUUCUGAGCCUUUGUUUGAGGGCGUCGGGGAUCCUCAUGGCGAAGCUAAGGAAAUCGAUAUGGCGGGCCAAGUUACUUCGCAGGGAUACAUUACCUCCACUGCAACACGUGCAUUGAUCUUUAUUGAAGCGGACGAGCCCGCUAUCGGCUUGAUGGCUUUCAUCGGAGUUGGGAUGGCAGAAGUUUCAACUUGUGAAAUUACUGUGAAGGAGGGACAAAGAGUUAACAAGGGUGAUCAAAUUGGCAUGUUCCACUUUGGUGGCUCGACUCAUUGUCUUCUCUUCCGAAAGGGUGUUAAUGUCUCUGGAUUCCCAGAGCCUGGUAUGGAAGAGAAUGUGCCGGUUCGAAGCAGACUGGCAGUUGUGUCUUAA